CAUAUGAGGGCAUGAAUGAAGCUGAAGGACUCAUUCCUUGCUUCUCAUAGUCAACAGAGGAAGAGCUCAGGUUGGCUUGAAAGCAGGAAGAGAUUGCCUGUCUUCCAGCCAAAUCCAGCCUCCAAAAUGAUCCACGUUCUCUUGGUAACUAUAUGCUUAGCAGUCUUUCCUUAUCAAGGGAGCUCUAUAAUCCUGGAAUCUGGGAACGUGGAUGAUUAUGAAGUCGUGUAUCCACGAAAAGUCACUGCAUUGCCCAAAGGAGCCGUUCAGCCAAAGUAUGAAGACGCCAUGCAAUAUGAAUUUAAAGUGAAUGGAGAGGCAGUGGUCCUUCACCUGGAAAAAAAUAAAGGACUUUUUUCAGAAGAUUACAGCGAGACUCAUUAUUCCCCUGAUGGCAGAGAAAUUACAACAUACCCCUCGGUUGAGGAUCACUGCUAUUAUCAUGGACGCAUCCACAAUGACGCUGACUCAACUGCAAGCAUCAGUGCAUGCGAUGGUUUGAAAGGAUAUUUCAAGCUUCAAGGGGAGACGUACCUUAUUGAACCCUUGGAGCUUUCCGACAGUGAAGCCCAUGCAGUCUUCAAAUACGAAAAUGUAGAAAAAGAGGAUGAGGCCCCCAAAAUGUGUGGGGUAACCCAGAAUUGGGAAUCAGAUGAGUCCAUCAAAAAGGCCUCUCAGUUAUAUCUUACUCCUGAACAACAAAGAUUCCCCCAAAGAUACAUUAAGCUUGCAAUAGUUGUGGACCAUGGAAUGUACACCAAAUACAGUAGCAAUUUUAAAAAGAUAAGAAAAAGGGUACAUCAAAUGGUCAGCAAUAUAAAUGAGAUGUGCAGACCUCUGAAUAUUGCUAUAACACUGGCUCUCCUAGACGUUUGGUCCGAAAAAGAUUUCAUUACCGUGCAGGCAGACGCGCCUACUACUGCGGGCUUAUUUGGAGACUGGAGAGAGAGAGUCUUGCUGAAGAAGAAAAAUCAUGAUCAUGCUCAGUUACUCACGGACACUAACUUCGCUAGAAACACUAUAGGAUGGGCUUACGUGGGCCGCAUGUGCGAUGAAAAGUAUUCUGUAGCAGUUGUUAAGGAUCAUAGCUCAAAGGUUUUUAUGGUUGCAGUUACAAUGACCCAUGAGCUCGGUCAUAAUCUGGGCAUGGAACACGAUGAUAAAGAUAAGUGUAAAUGUGACACAUGCAUUAUGUCUGCCGUGAUAAGCGAUAAACAAUCCAAACUGUUCAGCGAUUGUAGUAAGGAUUAUUACCAGACGUUUCUUACUAAUGAUAACCCACAAUGCAUUCUCAAUGCACCCUUGAGAACAGAUACUGUUUCAACUCCAGUUUCUGGAAAUGAAUUUUUGGAGGCGGGAGAAGAAUGUGACUGUGGCUCUCCUGAAAAUCCGUGCUGCGAUGCUGCAACCUGUAAACUGAGACCAGGGGCGCAGUGUGCAGAAGGACUGUGUUGUGACCAGUGCAGAUUUAAGAAAAAAAGAACAAUAUGCCGGAGAGCAAGGGGUGAUAACCCGGAUGACCGCUGCACUGGCCAAUCUGCUGACUGUCCCAGAAAUGGCCUCUAUGGCUAAACAACAAUGGAGAUAGAAUGGUCUGCAGCAACAGGCAGUGUGUUGUUGUGACUACAGCCUACUAAUCAACUUCUGGCUUCUCUCAGAUUUGAUUUUGGAGAUCCUUCUUCCAAAAGGUUCAACUUCCCUCAAGUCCAAAGAGAUCCAUCUGUCUUUAUCCUACUAGUAAACUACUCUUGGCUUCCAGAUGGCAUCCAAAUUCCGCAAUAUUUCUUCUCCAUAUUUAAUCUGUUUACCUCUUGCUGUAAUCAAACCUUUUUCCCACCACAAAGCUCCAUGGGCAUGUACAACACCAAGAGCUUUUUUGCUGUCAAGAAAAAAAAAUGGCCAUUUUACAUUUGCCAAUUGCAAAGUACAUUUAAUGCAACAAGUUCUGCCUUUAGAGCUGGUGUAUUCGAAGUCAAUGCUUCCUCUCCCAAAAUUUCAUGCUGGCUUUCCAAGAUGUAACUGCUUCCAUCAAUAAACUCACUAUUCUCAUUCUG